AUGCGUCUUUUCAGCUGGCUUUUCAAAAAUCCCCCUUUACAGAUGGUGACUAUGGACGAGCUACCAUAUCGGUCACCCGUACCACUUCAAUGGGAGCUGGCUCGACAGACAGAAAUCUUCCUCGAAGAUAGCCUAUGGCCCCAAGCAUAUAGCCUUCUAUUCAAUGUCCUUGCAUCGGGCACUAUCUCAUCGACAAACGCAGUAAUUCCACUGCCGCAGCAUCUGGCCGUUGCAGGUACGAUGCUUGUGCAUCCAAGAACUACAACGCGCGCCGAAUCCGAGUACGAAAAAGAAGCACCCAAUGCAGCUUUGCGAUUUCUUCGAUUGACGAACUCCCUUGUUGGCCCCAUGGAUGCAAAGUUUAAUCUCGCUUUCAGUUUCACCCACUUUGAAUCUUCGCGACAGGGUAAACGGCGCGGGGAGAGCCCGAUGGUUGUGGAGAAUGACAAGCCUGAUACCAGACCCCUGAAUACAAAAUUCAACCAAGCAUAUUCACUGUGGAGCUGCGCAGAGGAUUUCUGGCAUGCCGUCGGCUGGGCCUUCAAUUGUUCAGUACUUUACCCGUCCCGGUGGGAGCGCUGGCAGAUAUGGCUCCAGUUCAUGUGCAACGUACUUGAAGAUGAUUGGAAAGAGCGCGAAAAAAAGUACCUAGAGGCAAAACAAAACAAAAGAGAUGCUUCGGUACGGUCUGAGAUGUCGGAGGUGUCGCAGAGAUCGGAGAGGGAGGGCUCGCAGGGCGCUGAACCAGCCAAGAAAGAAAUCCGCAGGGGAAAAAAUCGUAAGUCGAAGGUAGUGGAGGUGCAUGAUGACCUUGCAAUCUUUCGAGAAAGCCUGAUCUUCCGUUACAUCGCCUCGAACACCACAGCUGGACGGAACCGCAGAAUCAUGCGAGCAAUCUUCGCCAAUGGCAAAUCAAACAUCGGCGAAUUCAAGGAAGUAUUCAACGAUGAGCUGAGAUUACCCACUCCCAAGCAAGACUCGCAUAAUGCCAAGAAGAGGGCGGGCGAUAUCAAUCUUGACAAGGAUGACUACGGCGACUACCUGAAUAAUUCAGAUGAGGAUUUCGAACCCUAUCAAAGCUCAACCUCGGUAUCACCUCCAGCCAAAGGAUCGAAUGCUAGCAAACCACGACGUAGCAAGCGCACCCGAAGAGGAACGCGAAUUGCAAUGGACGAAGUCACAGACCCCGUCAAGAUGCCCAAAGCAAGCCAAACACCCUCCCACGAAAGCAGCAAUCUAUCCCCGCUAGGCGGCUACACCUCCCUCGCCCUCCGCCAACAACUCCUCGGCAUUCUCUCCAGCGUCUCAGAGAAACUGCCCCGAGACUACAUGCCUCUAGACAACCUCUACGACAUGUUCGUCGAAAACAUCCGCGACUUCUCCCUCCCAAUCUUCCAACAGUUUAUCAGCCCCUCCAACCUCCCGCACUUCCUACCCGAAGCGUACUCCACUAUCUGUGAACUUCUCCUCUUCGUCCUCCGCGAGAGCUCUGCCCCCAGCUCCGAUGAUAACUACCUAACUCAGGCUAAGCUGGAGAAAUGCUUCCUCCCCUACUCGGCGGGUACCCCGAGCGUCGGGAACAAUGCCAAGGUAUCCCUGCUGCUUGAGGCGUUGAUGACACUCCUGUAUAAGAGCAAGAUGCUUUCUGCAACCCCAUCGCUUGCGAAAGCUGUGUGGUCCGGGAUUGCACGUCGUGAGCGGGCUAGUAAUCGUGAUCGGAACUCAAUUGAGUGGGCUUACUUGCAGGAGAGUGGGUUUAGGAUGAAGUUCAUGGUGGAGCAUAUCUUGCCAUGA